CAAACAUCAAAUAAACAAGCAAUCCCAUUCUCAGAAGGAAUCUAUAAAUACUGACAAUUUGCAUUCACCCCAAACAAGAAAAAGAAAAAACCAGCACUAGCUCAAACACAAGCUAUAGAAGCAAGUGCUGUAUUUGAAUCUAUACUUUCCAAAGUUCAUUUGCUGGAAUGAAGAUGGGCAAGGCCUGGGCCUGGUUUUCAUUGUUAGCCAUGGUCAUCAUGGUUUGUGGGUCUCAGGCUCAAGACACAUCCUGCCUGACACAGCUUGUUCCUUGCUUGAGCUACCUCAAUUCAACGUCAACCACCCCACCGAGCAGCUGCUGCAACCCGCUGAAAUCAGUGAUCCAAUCCAACCCACAAUGCCUUUGCAGCAUGAUUACCAGCAAUGCGGGGGGCACGCUGGGCGGUGCCAUCAAUAUGACCCAGGCUCUACUCCUGCCAGCUCGGUGCGGAGAGAGUGUAAAUGCUUCGUCUUGUAACACAGAUCACGCCGGUAAACAUACUGUGCCAAGUUCCGCAAGCAGGUUUUCGUUUGUGAACAUGCUGCUCGCUGCUGGCUUACCAUUGAUCAUACAAAUCAUAUGGGCAUGAAACAUAUUUCUUGUGUUAAUUGCCUGAUAGUUUUGUGAUCCCUAUUAGGGACUUGGAUUUUUUUUCUUUGUUCGAUGUGUCAUGCCUGUAGAGCCUCUAUUAUUGCUGAAUAAAGGUUGAUCCUAGUUUUGAUUUUUAAGAGACUUGCUAGAUGUUUUUUUUUAAUGCCAUAGUAGAAGAGAAGCCUCUGAAUCUGUUCAUCUGAUUGAGUAAAU